AAUGUGUAUUAACUAUUGUAGAUCAUGGACGGAACUGAGGCAGAUACUACAAAUGCUUUGAAUGAACCUAUCGACAUAGGUUCAGAUACAAUGUUGGUGGAAGAGACGAGUUUUACCGAAUCAACCAAGGUCAUGGACAAUAUAAAAAUGGAUGUUGAUGUUAAAGAAGCCAUCACCAAAAGCCUCGAGGCUACCUUGAUGGAAGGGACCCUAGACUCAUCGACUCUUUCAAAUCCAAAGGAGUCAUGUCAUAAUAAACCAAAAAAAGAAAACACAAACAUUAUCCCAAAAGACUAUGUCUGCACCGCGGAAGAUUUUGUCGUCAUUGAAUCAAUAAUGUCUGCACCUAAAAAUACCAACUUUGUGGAGAUCGGUGAUGCAUCGCUAUCUAAUGACCAUUUAAAGUGUCUUACAUGUGAUGACGGAUUUCUGCCCGAUGAUGUAAGUCAACAAGAAAUCACUAUUUACACAAUAUGUGUCUAUUUUUAAUUUAAAUGUAUUUUAUGUGUUCAAUUGUAGGUGAUAAAUGCCUACAUAUAUUGCAUGCGUGCAUGUGAUCAUCUACUUAACAGAGCUGGCAAUAAGGUAUAUAUGGAUAAAACAUACGUCUCCAAUAUGCUGAAGAAAGACGUAAAAAUAUAUCGUCAUAUC